UUGAGUUCCAUCAGUGUUGUUGUCAGAUUUCUGUUUUCUUUUUACUAUUACAACGCAUGACUUCGGACUAAUACGAACAUUGAAAUAUUCUAAGGAAAAUUAUACUACUUUUAAUUUAUUUUGUGUUUAUUUUUAAAUGAAGCGGAUAUUACUAUAUUUCCAUCUUCAUCGCUGCGGCAGAAACUCGUGCCCGAACACGUCGUCACAAAGGGGUGUGUGCCCUGGAAAGCAGCUCUCAGCCAAUGAGCGCUCUUCUCCUGCACAGAAGGACUGUUGUUUACUCGUGGAAGGAGUAUAGAGACCCCCUGUAUGUUGAGGACUGUACAGUGCAGACCACCAACACUACCAGCGGCAGCACCAUGGCAACCAAGAGACCAGGGGAGAGGACCUCUUCGGCAGCAGGACCCACAGACACCAGGCAGUCUGGAGCAGAGAUGCAGGAGACACUGGUAUACAUGCAGUGCUGUGGGCAGGAAGCCCCUAACAUGACAGAGAGCAACGGCCAUAGGAACAUUAUGAAUAGGCACCAUCAGGUACCGGUCUUCGUGCCCCGGGGGAGGACUGAGGCGGGCUGGACCCACCCUACGGCUCCUCAGCAGACUACAACUCCCACAGUGCCCUCCUGCCCUGUGUCUGCCCCAUACAGUUUCCGGAGCCCAGGGUCGGUGGAGAUGGAUGAGAUCAUGGCAGCCAUGGUUCUGACCAGUAUGUCCUGCAGCCCUGUGGUCCAGAGUUCUCCUCAGGGUCAGAAUGACCCUGUACCAGGUUCAUCAUCAGGGGGCGGAGACAUGGAGUGUGGGGGCGGAGACAUGGAGUGUGGGGGCGGAGACAUGGAGUGUGGGGGUGGGGAUCUGUCUGACAGCGGCAGCAGUGGCUACUGGAGCUGGGACCACGACAACGUUAGUCCCGCCCUGUCCCUGUCCGUCAUCGAGAUGGACAGCAGCCCCGACGAAGGACUGCACACGGAGCUGGAGCAGGGUGUGGAGCUAAAUGUAGCCAAGAGGUCAAAGAGUUCUUUCAGAGGAGCGUACAGGUGUCUGUGGCCCAGCUGUGGCAAGGUGCUCACGUCUUCAGUUGGUAUGAAGAGACAUGUCCGUGUGAUGCACCUGGGCAGCGGAUCGGAGCAGUCCCACAGAGAGGAGGAUUUCUACUACACUAAGUUCUCCUGCAAAGUUCCACCAGCCCACGUCCCGGCCUUGUCCUCUCACGUCCCAUGGGCAUCCUGUGGCUCCCCUCCAGACCCUGGUCCAGGUUCCUGUCUCCAGAUCCCCUCCUCUACCUCGUCCUCACCCUCAGGGUCAGGCAGCUCCAGGCCCAGCUCAGGCCCAGGGUCAACCCCAGGGUCAGCUCCAGGGUCAGGCAGCUCCAGGCCCAGCUCAGGCCCAAGGUCAACCCCAGGGUCAGCUCCAGGGUCAGGCAGCUCCAGGCCCAGCUCAGGCCCAAGGUCAACCCCAGGGUCAGCUCCAGACCAGCCCAGCCCUCUCAGCCAGUCUGCCCCCAGUUCCUUUUGGCAGACAGACCACCCGUAUCAGGCCUGCACUCCCCUCCAGGUGACGGUGUCCUGUCACAACUCCGCCCCCUGUUGUUGGACCCCUCCCCCUCUCACCGUCUCUAACCAGCACAGUCACCACAACUCUCAGGUGGUGAGGGGUCGCUGCAGGUCUGUGAGUGUGGGAGAACAGUGGCUUCAACAGAACAGCGCCACCAACAGGCUAACCACCAUGAGAGCAGCCUCUCCGUCACGCUCUCAAUGCUCCUUCAGGAAGGGACGAGGGGAGGCUAAGAAGUGUCGUAAGGUUUACGGAGUGGAGCACAAAGAGCAGUGGUGCACGGCCUGCCGCUGGAAGAAAGCCUGCCAGCGCUUCACAGACUAAACAAAUGCGCGAACUACGGAUGAUGAAAAAAAGAGAGACUUGGGAGAAAAAAAAGAGAGGUCACAAUCACAACCAGGGCCUGUUAGCCAUCAAGAACAACAAAGAGAGGUCACGAUCACAACCAGGGCCUGUUAGCCAUCAAGAACAACAAAGAGAGGUCACAAUCACAACCAGGGCCUGUUAGCCAUCAAGAACAACAAAGAGAGGUCACGAUCACAACCAGGGCCUGUUAGCCAUCAAGAACAACAAAGAGAGGUCACAAUCACAACCAGGGCCUGUUAGCCAUCAAGAACAACAAAGAGAGGUCACAAUCACAACCAGGGCCUGUUAGCCAUCAAGAACAACAAAGAGAGGUCACAAUCACAACCAGGGCCUGUUAGCCAUCAAGAACAACAAAGAGAGGUCACAAUCACAACCAGGGCCUGUUAGCCAUCAAGAAUAACAAAGAGAGGUCACGAUCACAACCAGGGCCUGUUAGCCAUCAAGAACAACAAAGAGAGGUCACGAUCACAACCAGGGCCUGUUAGCCAUCAAGAACAACAAAGAGAGGCCUUGAUCACAACCAGGGCCUGUUAGCCAUCAAGAACAACAAAGAGAGGUCACGAUCACAACCAGGGCCUGUUAGCCAUCAAGAACAACAAAGAGAGGUCACAAUCACAACCAGGGCCUGUUAGCCAUCAAGAACAACAAAGAGAGGUCACAAUCACAACCAGGGCCUGUUAGCCAUCAAGAACAACAAAGAGAGGUCACAAUCACAACCAGGGCCUGUUAGCCAUCAAGAACAACAAAGAGAGGUCACGAUCACAACCAGGGCCUGUUAGCCAUCAAGAACAACAAAGAGAGGUCACGAUCACAACCAGGGCCUGUUAGCCAUCAAGAACAACAAAGAGAGGUCACAAUCACAACCAGGGCCUGUUAGCCAUCAAGAACAACAAAGAGAGGUCACGAUCACAACCAGGGCCUGUUAGCCAUCAAGAACAACAAAGAGAGGUCACGAUCACAACCAGGGCCUGUUAGCCAUCAAGAACACCAAAGAGAGGUCACGAUCACAACCAGGGCCUGUUAGCCAUCAAGAACAACAAAGAGAGGUCACAAUCACAACCAGGGCCUGUUAGCCAUCAAGAACAACAAAGAGAGGUCACGAUCACAACCAGGGCCUGUUAGCCAUCAAGAACAACAAAGAGAGGUCACGAUCACAACCAGGGCCUGUUAGCCAUCAAGAACAACAAAUUCCUGUUUUUUUCUACCUUGUUUUUUCCCCCCUCAAGGAAUAAAGUGAUUUGUGUAUUUUUUUUAAAUGUAAACGUUGACCUGAGCAGUGAGUCAGUGUGUGUGAUGUUAGUAGCUAGUAGUUGAUGUUAUGACGUGGUAGGCCUACAAUGUUCGUCCUUCCUAGCCUGGUCCCAGACCUGUUGGUGCUGUGUGGCAUGACAACGACCGUAGGAGUUAGUUAUACACAGGGACUGAACUUUUUGGGGUACUGGCUUGUAACCCUGGGUAACAAUCGGCUCAAAAGUCUGUGCCAUGCGAUAUUUCUAAGGACAAACUUUAGACCGUCCUGACGGGCUAGUGUGGCACAUUUUCUACUAGCCCGAUCUGAAAAGUACUAGCCCGAUUUGAAAAGUACUAGCCCGAUCUGAAAAGUACUAGCCCGAUCUGAAAAGUACUAGCCCGAUCUGGCGGGCUGGUUUAGUUUCCAUCCCGGGUUGAGCAAGGCGCUUCAUCCUUAUUAAAUGUUCUCCAACUUCUUCUUCUAUACAGCACAAACAGAUCUGGCCCCAGGAUACACAUCUCUCCUCACCUCCCACUGAGAACAUGUCUCCUCACCUCCCACUGAGAACAUGUCUCCUCACCUCCCACUGAGAACAUGUCUCUCCUCACCUCCCACUGAGAACACGUCUCUCCUCACCUCCCACUGAGAACAUGUCUUCUCACCUCCCACUGAGAACACGUCUCUCCUCACCUCCCACUGAGAACAUGUCUCCUCACCUCCCACUGAGAACACGUCUCUCCUCACCUCCCACUGAGAACAUGUCUCCUCACCUCCCACUGAGAACAUGUCUCCUCACCUCCCACUGAGAACAUGUCUCUCCUCACCUCCCACUGAGAACAUGUCUCCUCACCUCCCACUGAGAACAUGUCUCUCCUCACCUCCCACUGAGAACAUGUCUCCUCACCUCCCACUGAGAACAUGUCUCUCCUCACCUCCCACUGAGAACAUGUCUCCUCACCUCCCACUGAGAACAUGUCUCUCCUCACCUCCCACUGAGAACAUGUCUCCUCACCUCCCACUGAGAACAUGUCUCUCCUCACCUCCCACUGAGAACACGUCUCUCCUCACCUCCCACUGAGAACAUGUCGCUCCUCACCUCCCACUGAGAACAUGUCUCUCUCCUCACCUCCCACUGAGAACAUAUCUCCUCACCUCCCACUGAGAACAUGUCUCUCCUCACCUCCCACUGAGAACAUAUCUCCUCACCUCCCACUGAGAACAUGUCUCCUCACCUCCCACUGAGAACAUGUCUCCUCACCUCCCACUGAGAACAUGUCUCUCCUCACCUUCCACAGUAUUGUAGCUCUCUUCUUCUUUAAUCUCCUCCUCCAACACGUCAUUCUUCCCCGUGGCCUCCAACACGUCAUUCUUCCCGUGGCCUCCAACACGUCAUUCUUCCCCGUGGCCUCCAACACGUCAUUCUUCCCCGUGGCCUCCAACACGUCAUUCUUCCCCGUGGCCUCCAACACGUCAUUCUUCCCCGUGGCCUCCAACACGUCAUUCUUCCCCGUGGCCUCCAACACGUCAUUCUUCCCCGUGGCCUCCAACACGUCAUUCUUCCCCAUGGUGUCUACAGAAGCAAUGGACUACCUAUACCUCAAUGUGAUGUGCUAUCUAUGAGAUCUUUUGGACUAUUUUGUAUUUUUGUGUGUUUUAUUGUUAUAUAAAGAGUUUGAUGUCAUG